AUGUUAUGUAGUAAAUUAAAACAAAUUAUAUUACCACAACAGGCUUUAAACAACAACGUACAUUUUCGCUACUUGGUACGUCUCGAUAUCUGUUCAAGCAAUGGAUCUGGUACGAUGGACUUUUGGCGAAUUUAGGUAAAAAAGAAGUUGGUAGAAUGUCUGCUUUGAGGUUUAUUUUGAGGGACUUUCGCGUGUGGAGUGCUUGGACAAGAUGUAAUAUAGUGAGUACGGUGGUUAAAAGGUGUAGAAGAGAUCGCAGUGUAAGGGAAGUGAUACAAAGAUUUAAACAAACUUUCUUUCGACCGAGAAGAACUCUGCUUAUAUCCGCGACUGCAGCCUACAAGGCUCGCGAUGGAGACAACGACGAUGAUACCCCAGUCAGCUGCGACAAAAAUAUUACAGACGAGGAAUUACAGGCUUUAUUAUCAGAACUGGAAGGAGUGGAGACGCUAUCGAGGAACACAUUGUUCUGCACCGGCUGCGGGAAGAGACUAGUUAUUGAGAAGAAGCAGCCUGGAGUACCGUACUGCUCAUGCAAAGUAUCAGCGUUACCAGCGGAGUCCCCAGACGGCUGGGUGCCGUACAUGGAGGCGGAGGACGUCAUCAUUUGGAGGAAAGAGUACAAACCAGGCAUGGGAUUGUAUGCGUAUAAAGUAUACGGCAGGUAUCUAGACGUGAGAGCGUCAGAUUUCGCGGCCGUACAAGUGGACGGUGCGUACAGGACUGUGUGGGACGCGGCCGUCGCGGCCUUAGCGGUCGUGGAGCGCAAGGCCAAUGGACUGGCAGACCAGGCCGUGUUGCAUUGGGAGGUUCUGUGGCCGAGACUAUUCGCAAACAGAGACUACGUAUAUAUAAGGAGGCACAAAGAAUUCGACGUCUCUACAGAAAAUCUCCCGCACAAAGACGGGCUAUUUCGGGCGUCACAACGCUCUACUCGAAAUGAGACGGUUUACACCGAAAGACCGAGCGUGCACUCUAAAGCGAAACGGAAAGCUAUGGAAGCGUGUAAGAGGGAAAGAGAUGGAGAUAUGUGUGAGAAUAAGGUGUAUGUUAUUAUGUCAAGGUCCUGUGAACAUCCCAAAGUGCCGGAGUCCAAACAUGCUAUUAGAGUGUCAGAGUACUGGAGCCAUAUGGUCGUUAAAACAUUGAAUGGGCCCGAUAAGGCGGGUAUGGAAUUCGUGCUAACAUACUACGACGAGCCGGCAGUGGGUGGCAUGCCAACGACGGUGGCUGCCUGGGCUACUGGACGUGCGGCGCCGGCGUAUCUACAACGCAUGCGACGGGCUGCCUGUGAUUACAGAGCUUGGAGACGGGACAAACAACAAGAGGAUCUACCAGAGUUCAUACCAUUUGCCAAAGACUCGGAGCCAUGCGAAGAAGAUUCUUCAGGCAUCGUCAACGAGGAAGACAUGGAGUCAUCCCAAACGGGUCCCGAGUUGGAAAGGUCAGAGUGUACAAGAGAUCAGAGCACACAGACGGACGUAGUGGCCACGUUACCACAUCAACCUGAAGUCAAGGUCACGCAGCUGUCUGGGAAGGGGAAAGAAAACGUCGAUGCUGACUUUAAAGAUGUGCUAAAUGAUACACAACCCCUAACCUCAGAGCCGGAGACACCUAAAGAAGAGGAGGAACCCAAAACCGGUGGGUGGUGGCGAUACUUAUAUCCGUUCUAUUACUUUGUUUAG